AGUCUCCGGUAAGGUACGAUCCAGUGCAGACAGCGGUCCAAGCGGUGCAGUUUCGUGCGGGCUAAAAGCGAGUGGGUUCCUGUGAUGCGACAGAUACCUUAAGAGUGAUCAAGAGCUUCUGUGUGUGUGUGUGUGUCUGCAUGUGCUGUGUCCAGUGUAAAGUGCAUUCCAGAGUAGUGAGAAUUCAAGCGUGAACAGAAUGGCAAACAUGGACAUUAACGAGUUCCGCGAGUUCGGGAAAGCGGCGAUCGAUUUCGUUGCGGACUAUCUGGAGAACAUCAGGGAUAGGGAUGUCCUCCCAUCGGUGGAACCGGGCUAUCUGCACGAUAUGCUGCCGGGGAAGUUGCAGAACGAGCCCGAGGAUUGGAAAACCAUCAUGGAAGACUUCAAGCGGUGCAUCCUGCCCGGUCUAACGCACUGGCAGUCGCCUCACUUUCACGCGUUCUAUCCCUCCCAAACUUCCUACUCAUCGAUCGUGGGCGAAACACUUGCGGCCGGGCUUGGUGUCGUGGGAUUCAGCUGGAUCUGCAGCCCCGUUUGUACCGAGCUGGAGGUGAUCAUGAUGAACUGGUUGGGGCAGCUGUUGAACCUUCCCAAAACCUUCCUCAACUGUGACGAAGGUAACGGUGGUGGCAUCAUCCAAGGAUCGGCUAGCGAAUCCAUAUUCGUUGCGGUAUUGGCCGCUCGCGAACAGGCCGUUCGGCGUCUCCGAGCUGAGCAUCCGGACCUUACGGAAUCGGAAAUUCGUGGCCGCCUGGUGGCGUACACAAGCGAUCAGAGCAACAGUGCAGUGGAGAAGGCAGGCAUACUGGGCGCGAUCAAGAUGCGACUGCUUCCCGCCGACGAAACUAGCAUCCUGCGCGGCUCUACCUUCAUCCAGGCGGUAGAGGAAGACAAAGCCAAUGGGCUGUUCCCGGUGAUUUGUGUCGCAACGCUCGGCACCACGGGGACCUGCGCGUACGACAAUCUGGCCGAAAUUGGACCGUACUGCAACGAGCACAACAUCUGGCUGCACAUCGAUGCGGCGUACGCCGGGGCCGCCCUGUGUCUGCCCGAGUACGCGCACAUCAUGAAGGGUGCGGAGCUGGCCGAUUCGCUCAACUUUAACCUGCACAAGUGGAUGUUCGUGAACUUUGACUGUUGCGCCAUGUGGUUUAAGGAUGCGGCCUCCGUAACGCAGUCGUUCAGCGUCGAUCGAAUCUACCUGCAGCACCAGUUCCAGGGACACAGCAAAGCGCCCGACUAUCGGCACUGGCAGAUCCAGCUCGGACGUCGGUUCCGUUCGCUCAAGGUGUGGAUCACACUGCGUACGAUGGGUGCGGAACAGAUACGGAAUUUGAUUCGCUUUCACAUUCAGCUCGCGAAUCGUUUCGAGGAGUACGUGCGUACCGACGAUCGGUUCGAGGUGGUCUGCUCCACGUUGGCGCUCGUGUGCUUCCGGCUCAAAGGGGACGACGCACAAUCGAAACAGCUGCUGGACAACAUUACCAAGCGCAAGAAGAUCUUCAUGAUACCGGCCACGUACCAGGGGAAGUUUAUCAUCCGCUUCAUGAUCUGCGGUAUCGAUCCGCAGAUGCACGACAUCGAGUACGCCUGGGAUGAGGUACGGUCGCAGGCCGAUCUGCUGCUCGGUGUGGAUCAGAACCGGAACCAGCUGGUCAAGGGGGAACCGAAACAGUACGAGAAGAGUUCCGAGAUUGGCAAAAUUACGGAAAGCAUAACCGGGAUGAUGAUUUCCAGCGAGAAGGGACAGUGAGAUGUCGCGUCGGAUUACUUUACCCAUAGCAUUAAGAGUUCCUUCCAUUUUAGGCAGUUAAGAUCACAUGGGCUUACUGGACGCCGCCAGAAUCCUUCCACAUUUUGUUUGAUAACACAAUAAAUGUAACCCGUGUUUGUGUA